UGGUGUUUUUCUGAUAUAUCCAAUUGAAAGAUUUCCUCAAUACAAUUCACAAUUCCCAAAAUUUCAUAUCUUUGUUUCUUCAUUCAAUUCAAAGAUCAUCAUCAAAUCAAAUGUUAUAAUUAUACAUGUACAUACAUAUAUUUAUAUAUGCCCUUAAAAUCCACAAUCUUUAACACCCAUCACAAAUAAUAACAUAAAUUCCCUAUCUUUCACAAAUUUGAUUCUUCAUUAUCAAUAUUUGUCCUCAGAUCUCCUGUUUUAACUCUUAACAACUUUAAGUGGCUACGUGAUGAUUUUUACAUGUUCGCAAGCAGAUUGACAGUUAGAAAGUAAGCAUGGGGCUCAAGUAGUGACGUCAACUGGGAGAAGUUUAAUGCUUUCAAUUUAAGCAGCUUGAAAGAGGGAAAUUUCCGAUUUGUAAAGCAAUGCAGUCACGUUCGCCCAAAAUUACCAUUAAAAUGGGUGGCAAAAGUGUUCAUGAGGGAUCUAGUGUUCCUUCCCAUAGUGACACAAUAGUUAAAACUGAAAAAGUUGUAGGCGUUACUUCAUCUGGGCAAAGCUCAGAAGAUGAAGAAAAAGACACCCCACUGUGUAAUGAUUCCCAAAAACAGAUGGUUCUUUAUGAUCCAUCUCAGAACGGUUCACAGCCACAUAAAUCAUUACAGAAUCGUGUGGCAAACAAACUAAAAGGUCCAUCUAGAAAACCGCCUGAAGUAGGCGCUUUUACUGUUCAAUGUGCAAAUUGUUUGAAAUGGAGAUUAAUUCCAGAUCAAGAGAAAUAUGAGGUGAUUCGGGAGCACAUUACAAACCAGCCAUUUUUAUGUGAAACUACCCGUGAAUGGAAUCGUGAUGUUUCAUGUGAUGACCCAACUGACAUCGAGCAGGAUGGAUCCCGGAUAUGGGCUAUUGAUAAACCGGACAUUGCAAAGCCACCUCCUGGGUGGAAGAGGCUUUUGAGGCUAAGAAAUGAAGGAAGCUCUAAAUUUGCUGACGUAUAUUAUACGUCACCGACAGGGGCCAAACUUCGCUCACUACCAGAUAUAGAUAGAUAUUUGCAGAAAUACCCGGAACAAGCACAAGGGAUUGGACUAGCGCGAUUUUCAUUUCAAGUCCCGAAACCUUUACAGGAAAACUAUGUGAGAAAACGGCCAGCUCAGAUGGCAGCACCAGUGACACCAGAAUAUCUUGAACCAUCACCAGUUGAACCUAUAGCGUGGGCAGGUCCAGAUGAGAACUUAGAUCUGCAUAUCGUUCAACCCUUGUCAUGGGCGGGUCCAGAGGAAAACAGAAAUGGUAUGCCGCCAUAUGUGAGGACAACAGAGCCUGGUUCUGUGAAUCAGGCUGCAAAGAAGACAAAGAGCAGCAAUAUCGAAUAUUUUUAAGGGAUUCGAGGAUGAUGGUGUCUUGCACUUUGGUCUGUUGUUGAUAUAUCUUAUUAAGAAAUUUUCAUGCAAACAGGGCCUUAUCGGUGAGGUUUGGCAUCUAUAGCUGUAAAAAUGUGUAAAACAAUCGGGUCUGAAGGCCUGGUAUUGAUGUUAGGUGUAAUCAGUGGUAAUUUGGAUUAGUUUGGGCUUUUGAUCUGAAAGUAGGACUAAAGUGAACUGGCAAGCCGGGAUAGCCGGUCCAGGUCUGGUCUUUCUUUUCAAUUUUGAAGUUUUACUGUUAUUAUAAGUACUAUUAUUAUUUUUAGUUUAAUAUGAAAAGUUGGGAACGACAAUUAAGAUCA